AUGCGCUGGCAGCUGGGCGAGCAGCUGCGCUGCCUGGAGGUGCAGGGCGAGCUGCGGCGGGAGCUGCUGCAGGAGCUGGCCGAGUUCAUGCGGCGCCGUGCCGAGGUAGAGCUGGAGUACUCCCGGGGCCUGGACAAGCUGGCCGAGCGUUUCUGCAGCCGCGGCGGCCGCCUGGGGGGCAGCAGCCGGGAGCACCAGAGCUUCCGGAAGGAGCCGUCCCUCCUGUCACCCUUGCAUUGCUGGGCUGUGCUGCUGCAGCAGACGCGGCAGCAGAGCCGGGAGAGUGCGGCCCUCAGCGAGGUGCUGGCCGGGCCCCUGGCCCAGCGCCUGAGUCACAUUGCAGAGGAUGUGGGGCGCAUCAUCAAGAAGAGUAAGGAUCUGGAGCAACAGCUGCAGGAUGAGCUGCUGGAGGUGGUCUCAGAGCUGCAGACGGCCAGGAAGACGUACCAGGUGUACCAUACGGAGAGCGUGAACGCUGAGGCCAAGCUCCGGGAAGCAGAGCGGCAGGAGGAGAAGCGGGCAGGCCGGAGCGCGCCACCCCCGACCGCGGCCGCCGACGCUGGGCCCCUCCGCAAGACCUCCCUCAAGAAGGCAGGGCGGCUGGUGGAGAAGCGUCAGGCCAAGUUCUUAGAACACAAACUCAAGUGCACGAAGGCACGCAAUGAGUACCUGCUCAGCCUGGCCAGCGUCAAUGCCGCCGUCAGCAACUACUACCUGCACGACGUCUUGGACCUCAUGGAUUGCUGUGACACAGGGUUCCACCUGGCCCUGGGGCAGGUGCUCCGGAGCUACACAGCCGCAGAGAGCCGCACCCAAGCCUCCCAGAUGCAGGGCCUGGGCAGCCUGAAAGAGGCUGUGGAGGCCCUGGAUCCUCCAGGGGACAAGGCCAAGGUGCUCGAGGUGCACGCAACGGCCUUCUGUCCCCCACUGCGUUUUGACUACCAGCCCCAUGAGGGGGAUGAGGUGGCUGAGGUCCGGGUGGAGAUGGAGCUACGGGAUGAGAUUCUGCCCAGAGCUCAGAAUAUCCAGAGCCGCCUGGACCGACAGACCAUCGAGACAGAGGAGGUGAACAAGACACUGAAGGCAACAUUGCAGGCCCUGCUGGAGGUGGUGGCAUCGGAUGAUGGGGACGUACUUGACUCCUUCCAGACCAGCCCCUCCACCGACUCGCUCAAGUCCACCAGCUCAGACCCAGGCACCCGGCAGGGGGGCCGGAGGCGGGGCCAGCAGCAGGAGACUGAGACCUUCUACAUCUCGAAGCUCCAGGAGUAUCUGAAUGGACGGAGCAUCCUUGCCAAGCUGCAGGCCAAGCUCGAGAAGCUGCAGGAGGCCAUACAACGAGGUGACAAGGAGGAGCAGGAGAUGUCUUGGACCCAGUACACACAGAGAAAAGUCCAGAAGAGCCGCCAGCCCCGCCCCAGCUCCCAGUAUAACCAGAGGCUCUUUGGGGGAGACAUGGACAAGUUUAUCCAGAGCUCAGGCCAGCCCGUGCCCCUGGUGGUGGAGAGCUGCGUUCGUUUCAUUAACCUCCAGGGCCUACAGCACGAGGGCAUCUUCCGAGUAUCGGGUGCCCAGCCCCGGGUCUCAGAGAUCCGCGAAGCCUUCGAGAGAGGGGAGGAUCCCCUGGUGGAAGGCUGCAGUGCCCGUGACCUGGACUCGGUGGCUGGGGUGCUGAAGCUCUACUUCAGGAGCCUGGAGCCCCCGCUCUUUCCCCCCGACCUGUUUGGCGAGCUGCUGGCUUCUGCAGAGCUGGAGGCUGUGGCAGAGCGGGUGGAGCAUGUGAGCCGCCUGCUGGCCCGGCUGCCCGGAUCGGUGCUCGUGGUCCUGCGCUACCUUUUCGCCUUCCUCAACCACCUGGCCCAGUACAGUGAUGAGAACAUGAUGGAUCCCUACAACCUGGCCGUGUGCUUCGGGCCGACCCUGCUGCCUGUGCCCGCUGGGCAGGACCCAGUGGCCUUGCAGGGCCGAGUGAACCAGCUGGUGCAGACGCUCAUCCUGCAUCCUGUGCAGGUUUUCCCGCCCCUGACCGUGCUGCCAGGUCCCAUCUAUGAGAAGUGCAUGGCACCACCUUCCGCCAGCUGCCUGGGGGACGCCCAUCUGGAGAGCCUAGCGGGGGAGAUCGAACCGGAGCUGGAAGCUGGGACCCCGGCCCAGGAGGAUGACCUGGAGGGGGUCACGGAGGCCGUGGCCUGCUUUGCCUACACGGGCCGCACGGCCCAGGAGCUGACGUUCCAGCGGGGGGACGUGCUGCGGCUGCACGAGCGCGCCUCCAGCNNCUGGUGGCGGGGGGAGCACGCCGGCGUGCGGGGACUCAUUCCCCACAAGUACAUCACGCUGCCUGCGGGGGCAGAGAAGCAGGAGGCCGGCCCAGGGCUGCAGGCUGCAGGGGAGCUGCUGAGCCGUGCAGAGGGCCUCCCGGCCUCGGAGCUGGCCCAUCGGCCAGAGCUGUGCACCCCAACUGAGGCUGUGGGCCCCCCGGGACACAGACAACCCUGCCUGGUCCCAAGUUCCCUGGAGCGACAUGGGGAGGUGGAUAAGGUCGUGGCACAGAACAUGGACUCUGUGUUCAAGGAGCUCUUGGGAAAGACUGCUGUCCGCCAGGGCCCUGGGCCAGCGUCUACCACCUCCCCCAGCGCCGGGCCCCGCAGCCCGAAGCCUCUGGCCUGCAGCCGCCUCGGCAGAAACAAAGGCUUCUUCCGUGGUCCUGGGACCCCAGCCUCAUCCUCAGCGUCCCAUCCCCAGGGCCUGGACUAGCCCCUUCAGCCACACUGAGGUGCUGCUGGUGGAGCCAGCAUGCUGCCUGGCUCCCCAUAGGCCCCACCCUGCCCAGGCAGCCACCUGUGAGACUGGCCACUCUCCCCAGGCCCUUUUCUUCUCCCUGGCCCUGUUGGGCAAACACAGGGCACCCGCUCUCGACCCUAUGCAGGGAGGAGAACGAGGCUACUCCAACAGGGAUCCCAGCUCCACGCCCCUGUGCGGCUUCGCUUUGCUGUGAGGGCUCGUCAGUGGCUAUUGGUGGCGGGCGCUCUUGCACACGUGAGCAGGCCCACCAGCACCUGGGCCAUCUCUUCCUCAGCUGCCUGGUGGCCAUUGGUGGCGAUUCAUAAAGACCUGUGUGUUGA